GAGCUUGGGAAGUUGGCAAAGUUGGCUGUGAUGGAGAUGGAUACAAAUCAAUUCUCUGGUCAUCUGCCGGAACAUCUUUGCCAAAAUGGAACACUUCAGAACUUCACGGUAAGCAACAACAAGCUGAUAGGCCCAAUCCCUAUAAGCUUGAAAAAUUGCUCAAGUUUAUUUAGAGCUCGAUUUCAGGGAAACCGGCUGACUGGGAAUCUGUCAGAGAUGUUUGGUAUCUACCCCAACUUGAAUUUCAUGGAUCUUAGCAACAAUGAAUUCUAUGGCGGACUUUCUGGCAACUGGGGUAGAUGCCCAAACUUGGCAGCUCUUUUGCUUGCCGACAAUCACAUCACAGGUCAGAUCCCUUCAGAGCUGGGAAACGCAUCUCAACUUCAUGUACUUGAUUUGUCUUCCAAUGACUUUACUGGGGAAAUUCCAAAGCAAGUUAUGAUGCUGGCUUCUAUGCUCAAUCUGUAUCUACAAAAUAACCAACUUUUUGGCAAUAUACCUGAAGAAGUAGGUCAGCUCAAAAAUCUGCUUUAUCUUGACCUGUCAGCAAAUUUCUUGCGUGGAUCUAUCCCAGAAAAUUUUGGAGGUUUCCAGCAAUUAUUUUACCUGAAUUUGAGCAACAACAACUUGAGUCAACAGAUUCCACCUCAGAUGGGUGAGUUAACUCGACUUUCUAUCUUGGAUCUGAGUCAUAAUUACAUCACAGGAGAAAUACCAUCUGAAUUCAGAAGUUUACAGAGUCUAGAGAUAUUGGAUCUUUCCCAUAAUUACCUCUCUGGUUUCCUUCCAAAGGCUUUGGCAGAGCUGCCUGGUUCUUUGCAUAUUAACAUAUCUUUCAAUAACUUUGAGGGUCCAAUUCCUUACGGCAAAGCCUUUAAAAAUAUUACCAUAGAAGAACUGAGGGGAAACAAAGGUUUGUGUGGGAAUAUUACUGGUUUACAAGUAUGUGAAAGUCCUCAAUUGAGUAGAAAGCAUGUAAACGGUAAGGGGUUCAAUCUUGUUCUUGUAAUUGUGCUCCCUCUUCUAGGAUCACUCUUACUUCUUUGUGCAUUCUUUGGAGCUCUUAAAGUUUGUCGACAAAGAAAAAGAAAGACCACAGAGAAUGUCGAGGAUGCUGAUUUGUUUUCCAUAACCACCUAUGAUGGCAAAGCAAUGUACCGAGAAAUUAUAAAAGCAACAGAAGAGUUUAGUGAAAUAUUCUGCAUAGGGGAGGGAGGUUUUGGAAGUGUGUACAAAACAGUUCUUCCACCUUCUAACUUAGUAGCUGUAAAGAGACUUCAUCUGUUGCCCGAGAAGGUCUACUUCGACAGUUUCUUGAACGAGAUAAGAGCCUUGACAAACAUCAAGCAUAGAAACAUUGUGAAACUCUAUGGUUUCUGCUCAACUUCCAAACACUCCUUGUUGGUCUAUGAGUACCUUGAGCGAGGUAGCUUGGCCAAAAUUUUUAGCGUGGAUGAAGAAGCCAAGGAACUAGACUGGGAAAAGAGGGUGAACAUCAUCAAAGGCGUGGCUCAUGCCCUAUCUUACAUGCAUCAUGAUUGCACGCCUUCAAUAGUUCAUCGGGACAUAUCAAGUAACAAUGUUUUGCUUGAUUCAGAAUAUGAGGCUCGUCUUUCAGACUUCGGCACUGCUAAAUUUCUCAGGAAGGACUCAUCCAAUUGGACUACUCUUGGUGGCACACUUGGAUAUGUUGCACCAGAGCUUGCCUAUACAAUGAGAGUCACUGAAAAAUGUGAUGUCUAUAGCUUUGGAAUCUUGACAUUGGAAACAAUCAAAGGGACGCACCCUGGUGACAUAGUUGCCUAUCUAAUGUCUUCAACACCUGGAAACAUAGAACUCAAGGACUUGUUGGAUCAGAGACUUCCGCCUCCCACGGAAGAAACUGAAAAGAUUCUGAUAUCCACCAUCAAACUAGCAAAGGCGUGUUUACAUGUGAAUCCAGAAUCUAGGCCUACUAUGCAUAUGAUUUCUAGUUUGUUAUCUGUUGGUGCACCAUGUCGCCAACAAGUAGGUUAGUAUUAGGUAACAAAUAGCCCCAGUAAGGAUUUUCUUUUUUUUUUUUUGGUAACAAAUAAAUUAAGGUGUAAUUUCAUUUUGCCUUAAAUCUUGCCUCCCUUUCACUCAA